AUGACACUGUCUCGUCCACUGGUCUCUCUAGCUGUAGCCUGGUCUUUUUGGAUACACCGAGUCCAAGCUUAUAAUUCUUUACCUGAAGAUAUCUAUGCGUAUCCGAAAUAUACUAUCGGGUUCUUGAACGGAUUGCCGCUUCCUAAUGUGACUGCUCAGCAAUGGCUCGCGUAUGGGUUAAAAGGAGGAGAAAAGGAAUUUCUGGAGCAGCCUUGGGACCAAAACUCUCAUGGGACAAGCCGGCCCCAGAUUACGGGUGGAGAGACGAUAAACUCGGAUGGACCCGCGAACUCGCAUCCAGCAUCACAUCGCCUAGAACGUAUGCGUCUAGGCCCCGGGAAAGAAUAUCUCUGCCUCAUACCUCCUCCGGACCAAGGCAGCCCGUCAUUCGAAGAUGCGACACCGCCGCCUUCACAUCCCAGUAAGAUGUGGAGUUUAUUACAGCCCCUAACUGGCAAAUGCCUUUACUUUCGCGAAAUGAGCCAUGGGCACCCGCAUCCGAUUCGUGAGCAUUAUUUCAUCAACUUUACCUUCUUAUUCUUAUCCGUCCGGUUCGUUCGUUAUUCUCCAGAGGGUCGUAUCCCACAAGAGGAUCCCGAGUGGGAAGCAUACAAUCUCGGUGUCUCGCCCGCGGCAAAGUUAAAGGGUGGCAGCGAUGUCAGUCGACAAGCCGAAUCUGCUGCCGCUAAUUUAGAAUUACAACGCGCUGCCGAUCAACGGUACCUUGUCCAGCGCUGGGGAGACGGCACGCAGUGCGACAAGACAGGGCGCAAACGCCAAAUUGAGAUUCAGAUCAUGUUUGUCAAGGAAGUUAGCGUGUGCAAUUACUUGAUUGUCAUCCAUACCCCGCGGAUCUGCAGCGAACCUGGGUUCAAGUCGCAGCGCGACAGCGUCAAGGCCGCACCUAUUCGAUGCCGUCAAGUCGUGCCGGAAAGCACUGUCGAAUUCGAUCGUACACUGCUUGAAAGCCCCGUCCCUCGCUCGGUUCCUCCUGUCCUUCCGAUUCUCCCUCCUGCGCCGCCUAUUCAAAAAGAAACACAUGGAAACAGCGGAGAUAAGAAGGCUGGGCCCGGGGGAGGCAAAAAGAGCUCGACACUUGGGGAAGAUGAGAAGCAAGCCGAGUUUGUCAAGGUUGCCCUCGGGGCAUUGUUCAAUGCGCACACUCAGGAUCGUGCACUCGCUGGGAAGAAGGUUCGAGUCGAUGUCGAUGGGGAUGUGCAUGAGCUCGACUUCACCGAGGUUGGGUUGGACUCGGUCGCGACGGGCGACGUACCUGACAUGAACACAUUGCAAGAGCGUCUGGCCAAGGCUCUUCGAGCAGCUGGGUACGAUCUUCAGGCCGACGGAUGGCCCGAGGAGCCUCGCAAGGGUGGCAAGGGCAAGAGUGACAAGAAGAGCAAGGAGGAUCGUAAACGCGAGGAAGUCAACCAUCAAGAACUGUGA